AUGGGAAAGGCAAAACCAGGCUUUUUGACACCAAAGGCAAUAGCCAAUCGCAUCAAAGCAAAGGGUCUUCAAAAGUUACGAUGGUAUUGCCAGAUGUGCCAGAAACAAUGCAGAGAUGAGAAUGGUUUCAAGUGUCACCUGACCUCUGAGUCUCAUCAAAGACAAUUGCUGUUGUUUGCAGAGAAUCCAGACAAGCAUAUUGAUGAAUUCUCCAAAGACUUUGAGACUGAGUACCUGGAGCUGCUUAGACGAAGAUUUGGUACAAAGCGUGUACAUGCUAAUCUUGUGUACCAGGAGUAUAUUUCAUUCAGAGAGCAUGUUCACAUGAAUUCCACCCAGUGGGAGACCCUCACAGACUUUGUGAAACAUCUAGGGAAGGAAGGAAAAUGUUCGGUGGACUACACAGAGAAAGGCUGGUUUGUUGCUUACAUCGACAGAGAUCCUGAAACUAUUCGUAGACAGGAAGCUGUGAAAGCCAAAGAGAAAAUGGAUGCCACUGACGAUGAGAAAAUAGCCAAAUUUAUUGAGCGACAGAUUGAAAAGGCCAAAGAGGCAGGUCCCAGCAAAGAAGAUGCUGAAUAUACAGAACUGAAGAGAGACGAUGAAAAUGAGAAGGUGGCUUUCAGUUUGGGAGCAACCAAGAAGGCAGAUACAGCAACCAAACCUGCAGAGCUGGCAGCAUCCAAAAAUCUACUAGCAGCAGCACCAGCAGCAUCCAGCAAACCUAAAGAGUCCUCCCAAAGUAAGGCCGAUAAGAGGAAAGCCAAAACUGCUUUGGACGAAAUCAUGGAGGCAGAGGAGAUGAAAAAAGAAAAGCUGAACCGUAAAGAUUACUGGUUAUGCCCUGGUAUUGUGGUGAAAGUUGUUCAUAAAAAGCUCGGAGACAAGUACUACAAGAAGAAAGCUGUGGUUAAGAAAGUGAAGGAUUGUUACACAGGCAUCAUAAAGAUGCUGGAUUCUGGAGACAAGCUGAAGGUUGACCAGACACAUGUGGAGACCGUCAUACCAGGAAUUGGUAAGAGUGUGUUGAUAGUUAACGGAGCCUAUCGUGGGGAGCAAGCUGUCCUGGAUGCCAUUAAUGUAGACAAAUUCUGCUGCACUGUCAGAAUCAGAACU